CCCAAACCAUACACAAGACCAGGUGCAAACCAAAGAAAGAAACCUCAAAACCCAAGUAUGGCCUACAUCACCAAGCUUGACGUUGGCACCACCAUGACCUCAGUAAAUUGCCAGAAACAAGUUCGUUCAUGGAGGCUUCUUCGUUCACUCAUUCAACUACUAAUCCCCACUUGCAACUGCACCUUAGUAGAACAAGAACAAGAACAAAACUACAACAACAAUUCAAUAAACCGUCACAAAAAAUAUCCAUCAUCAUCACAUUCACUCAUUCCCUCUACAACAAUCACCGGCACAAUCUUCGGAUACCGUAAAGGAAAAGUAAGUUUUUGCAUCCAAUCCAACCCCAACUCCACCAACCCAAUUCUCCUCCUAGAACUAGCUAUCCCAACAAGUGUUUUAGCAAAGGAAAUGAGAGGAGGAACUCUAAGAAUUGUGCUAGAAAGUGUCACUUCAGGCUCUUGCAGUAACAGUAACAAUCUGUUUUCAACUCCUCUUUGGAUUAUGUACUGUAAUGGACGAAAAGUUGGGUAUGCUGUUAAGCGUAAGCCUUCGAGAAGUGACAUCGAAGCGUUGAGUUUGAUGCGUUGCGUUUCUGUGGGUACUGGUGUGAUAAACGGAAAGGAGGGUUGUAAAGAAGAUGAUCAGCUUAUGUUUCUUAGAGCUAACUUUCAAAGGGUUAGUGGUUCAUCUAAAAAUGAUUGUGAAUCUUUUCAUUUGAUUGAUCCUGAAGGAAGCAUUGGCCAAGAACUUAGUAUUUUCUUUUUUCAAUCAAGGUGAAGAAAUCAUGGCUAGUACUUGUUUUUCUUUUUGUAAGUAGAUAAGCUUCAAUCAUUCAACAUGAUUAAUUUUGUAUACCUUUUUGAGCUGUGCCAAGCUAUUGUGGUUAACCAUAGCAGUGGCAUUGCUUUAUAGUACUUGUUUAAUAAGUUUAGUUUAUUGUUGUUUUUGAAAAUUAAUUCCAUGUGAAUUUUACUUUUUUUUUGGUUAUGUACCUAUUUUCCAUGGAUGCCAUCUCCAGUCAAAUAUACUUCAAUUCAUCUUUGAUAACUAUUGCCAAAAGAUUAAUAUUGAUUGCUCAGUGUUCUCAUUGACGAAUGGUUUCUCGAACCAAAACGAAGAAACCCAAAAAGACUUGAGCCCCGAUGAAC